CCCAGCCAGACAAACCCCAUUGCUCCCACAGUAAUAUAUGCCCCCCUUUCUCCCUUUACUUAUCCAUUUAAGCCAUCAUUCAAUCCCACACACUGCAUUAUUUCACAGUCCUCUUCUUUACCUCUCUUCACUGCAAAAAAUAACAAAACAAAAUGGCUCAGCUUAAUCUUAUACUUGUCUAUUUACUCUUCUUAAGCUUGAGUCUUUUUUCAUGUCCUACUUCAGCCCAGUUAAGUCAUCACCACUAUGCACAAACCUGCCCCAAUGUUGAAAAAAUCGUCAGAGAAGCAGUCAAAAAGAAAUUCCACCAAACUUUUGUCACAGUUCCUGCAACUCUUCGUCUCUUCUUCCAUGAUUGCUUUGUUCAGGGUUGUGAUGCUUCUGUUUUGGUAGCAUCCACAAAACAGAACAAAGCAGAGAGGGAUCACCCUGAUAAUCUUUCAUUAGCAGGAGAUGGGUUUGACACAGUGAACAAAGCAAAAGAAGCAGUGGAUGCUGUCCCUCUAUGCAGAAACAAAGUCUCAUGCGCUGAUAUUCUUGCAAUGGCAACCAGAGAUGUUGUUGUACUGGCUGGUGGACCUUACUAUGAGGUUGAAUUGGGAAGAUAUGAUGGGCUAAGAUCUAAAGAUUCAGAUGUGAAUGGAAGGCUACCUGAGCCAGGAUUCAACUUGAACCAGCUUAAUUCUCUGUUUGCUGCAAACGGGCUUACACAGACAGAAAUGAUUGCGCUUUCAGGUGCUCACACAGUUGGAUUCUCCCAUUGUAGCAAGUUCUCUCAAAGAAUAUACAAUUUCAAGAGCAAGAGCCAGGUGGAUCCAACAAUGAACAGGCAAUACGCCACAGAACUAAAAUCACAAUGCCCAAGGAACGUGGACCCUAGGAUCGCCAUCAACAUGGACCCAACCACUCCAAAGGCAUUUGACAAUGUUUACUUUCAGAACCUUCAGAAGGGAAAGGGCCUUUUCACCUCGGACCAAGUUCUCUUCAUGGACUCAAGGUCCAAGGCCGCAGUGAAUGCCUUUGCAAGCAGUAGCAAAACUUUCAGGGCCAACUUCGUUGCUGCCAUGACCAAAUUGGGUCGAGUUGGAGUCAAGAAUGCACAUAAUGGGAACAUUCGAACUGAUUGUUCUGUGAUAUGAAACUUGACAUAAAAAAUAAGCACGAGUUGAAAUAUUAAAGGGGGGUGGGGAUUAUUAUUACAAAUUAAGGGAAUACGUUUGAUGUACAUGUGUUUUCCUUCAUGCUUAAAAUAAUAAGGAAUGCAUGUCGUUAUGUUGUUUCUUUA